CCCGGAAGUGAUGACACAGGGGCGAGCGGCGGCGCGGUCGGCCUUCCCGAGCGGGACGCGCGCGGGAUGGCGGAAGCGGAAGGGAGUUCUCCGCUUCUGUUACAGCCGCCGCCGCCCCCUCCUCGGAUGGCGGAAGUAGAAACGCCGACGGGGGCCGAGACGGACAUGAAGCAGUACCACGGGUCCGGUGGCGUUGUCAUGGACGUGGAGCGGAGCCGCUUCCCCUACUGCGUGGUGUGGACACCCAUCCCGGUGCUCACGUGGUUUUUCCCCAUCAUUGGCCACAUGGGCAUCUGCACAUCUGCAGGGGUCAUUCGUGACUUCGCUGGCCCCUAUUUUGUUUCGGACAGGCCAGGAGGGCAGUGUGGCCAGAGGCAUCUUAAGUAACUGGUUCAGCCUCUGUGCCCAUCCCUGGGCACCAAGACAUGGGUAGGGUAGAUCAAGAGUGGAGUCAGACCAUCCCGGAACCACAUCUUUGGACCUUCAGAAGGAAGACAACAUGGCCUUCGGAAAGCCUGCCAAGUUCUGGAAAUUGGACCCCGGACAGGUGUAUGCGAGUGGGCCCAAUGCAUGGGACACGGCUGUGCACGAUGCCUCCGAAGAGUAUAAGCACCGAAUGCACAAUCUCUGCUGUGACAACUGCCACUCCCACGUGGCUUUAGCCCUGAACCUGAUGCGUUACAACAACAGCACCAACUGGAACAUGGUGACGCUCUGCUGCUUCUGCCUCAUUUAUGGGAAGUAUGUCAGUGUUGGAGCCUUUGUGAAGACCUGGCUGCCCUUUGUCCUUCUCCUCGGCAUUAUCCUGACCGUCAGUCUCGUCUUCAAUCUGCGGUGAUAGCUUUCAGAUGGUCUAAGCCUCAAGGAGGCUCCUGACACUCACCCCUUUUGGUCCCAAUUCUUUUAUUCCCCACCCCUCAGGCAGUGUUGCCUCCUGGGUUGAAGUAGGGUCAGGACUUGGGACAGAAGUGCCGAUACUGAGCACCUGAUGAGGUCACUUAGAGCCUCCUUGUCCUUUCUCCCUGGGCCUGAGACCUCACCCUUGUGGCAUUCCCAGUGCCAUCCUGGGAAGGCCUUCCUUCCCUUAGAGCAUUUCCUGCCACCAUCACUGGGCUACUCUUCCCAUGCCCAGGGCACAGUGAGGACAAGAACCCACGGGCAAAGCAGUGUUCAGAGCUGGAUUUGAAGCUGUUUGCUGGCUGGUGGUUGUGUCCCAAAGUAGGGCAUGUGUUAUGAGAAGUGCUGCACGCCAAGAGACUUGGAACCUUCUCUGCUGGCCUCGAAUGGACCGGGAGGGCUGGCUAUGUUCUUUCUGCCACACCAGCACAGUGUGUGCCUCAUCACCGCUAAUGUGGGCCCUGGCUAGCAAGGGCUGAGGGCACUUACGUGCAGAGUGGGUCCUCUGUAAAUUAGGUAACGUGAAUCCCACUUGUUUCCAGCCCAGGAGGCCUCGUGCUGGGGAUAGAACCCUUUAGGUCCAAAAUGUGAAUAACUUGUCAGAGCAGCUGGUACCCCUGAUCGGCUGGGUCUGCUUCCGGUUGCUACAAUGGGCCCUAUGCAGCCUCCCCCUGGUCUGCAGGCUCCUUUAUAAGGGGCUCCCUGGCAGGAAAUAAAGUUUUAAGUCUAA